AUGGAACGUGAGCAGCGUCAGUUCAAAGACGCCGUCAAGAAGAUGGAGGAUGUCCUCGCGAUCGCGGAGGCCAAGCUGCCCGGCUUCACCAUGCAGCAGUCGGCGGAAUGGGAUCGCCCUCCUGAGCCCACCGUUUUCUCCUGUGGCAGUCCUGGCAUCUUCACCGCCGAUGCCCUCAAGACAGCUGUGGCCCAAUGGUUUUCAGACGCCCGCGUGCCCAUCAACUGCAUGCGAGUUGUCGGCUCGGAGGCACCCAACGAGCGCUUCAACAUACAGAUCGAAGGAGGUGCCGAGGUGGGCGCCAUGGGCGAGCCGACCUCCAUCAUCUGGAGCCCGCACACCAUCGAACGCUACAACACCGACUACGCCAAGUACCGCUCGCAGAUCGCCAACAUGUGCACCACCACUUCGACAGACAAAAACUCGCCUGCUGGAUGCGGAGGAGCGGCGGUGCUCGCCCCGAACUCGGCGGCCGAUGCGAUCGCGGCACUGCCUGCGGAGGACUGGCCUCAGCAGUGGCAAAAUAUCGCCGCGCCUGGCCGGGCGCGGGUCAUCCACGUCAAUAGCCCCAUGUCCAACAAGAGCAUGCGCAUAAUAAACGCUUACAAUUUUGAUUUGACGGCCACCACCGCGGCCGCGCGGCACGCCGCUGCAUGUUGGGCUGCCGAGGACGUGGAGAAUCGGUCCUUCAUCGCGAUCGGCGAUUUCCAGUUGAACGCGACGCAGACGGCCUCCUAUUUCCAUCCAGCACCUUGGCAGGCCCGCCGGCCAGCCGCGCGUCACCGCCAGCAUCCGCGACAGUGGAAGGACACGUUGGAUGACCAGAUGGUCGAGGUCACCAGCGAGCCCCCUACGAGAUGCGACAAGAUGACGGACACGGCCACUUGCACUGUUCGGGCAUCCGCGUCGUUGCCGCCGCAGUCGGUGGAACAGCUCGCUCGCGACUUCGAGGUUCACCGCGAGGCGGCUAGCUGCGCGGAGCAGUGCUUCCAAGAGGUGUUUAGUGGAGCGCCCCCAGAGGGCCUACCCCCAUCCAAGAUAAACACCACGGGCGACGAGGACGACCGCUUCCUGACCAGGCUGUACAGCGAGCUGAGCGACCUCUCCACGCUGAAGUGGGAGCAGCUGACGCCAGAGUUCCGGGACGAGCUCGGGUGGUUUUGCUUUGCGAUUGCGGCCACGGCAGCGGCCUUGUGGCCCUUCACUCUGGGCGCAAUCCGGAAUUUGGCCCUGCCAGCGCCGCAAACGAAGAGGUCGGGGCGUGGCUCCAUGGCGAGCGACCCGGUGCUACGUGAACAGGCCCAGCACUUGCUGGUGUUGGGACGCGUGCGGGCCCGCGGGAGCGUCGCCGCUUGUCCGGACCUUGGCUUGUGCAUUGAGGUGCUGGAGGCCGACCUCGAGAAGCCCAGAGGCCGAAGCGGAUCGCGCGGCUCCAGCCGAACGCGCCGCGGCGGCCACGACGGGAGCCGCACGCUGGGCGGGGGCGACGAGCGCGCGGCCGAGAUCGAGGCCGAGCGCCAGGAGGGCGGGCGCGAGGCGGAGGCCGAGCCGAAGGGUCUGGGCGAGGGGCGGGCGUCGAGCAGAAGGGCCGGCUGCAACUACGGCUGUGGGAGCGGCGACGCCGCGUGCCGCGCCAUGGGCGGUGACCUCGCGGUGGCGGGGACGAUCCGCUUCAUCGUGCAGGCCCUGCAGAGGCCGCUGGCCGAACCCGCCCUGACCUGGGAGGCGGGACAGCCUCCCUCCAGCAUGUUCGCCUUCCGCUCCGACCCGCCUCGGCAUGGUACCAACGUUUCCACUGGGGACCUGGCGCGCGGGCCCCCGUGCUUCGCAGACGGGGGCAAAGCUUCCAGGGCGAGGGCCUGGAACGCCAAGUGGUUUUCCGCCAGGUGCCUCGUGGGCAUCUGGGACGCGCGGCCAUCUGCCGGUCGUUCCACCCUGGCGCGGGAUGGGGUCCUCGCGCACCCGCCCAACCGCGCCGCGCGGCCCAAGGUCGGCCCAGCAGCACGCCUCGGAACGAACCCGCUGGUAGCCGCGUCAGCGCCCACCACCACCAGCAUCCACGACUUGGGGAAAGAGCUCAAAAGGGCGCAGCAGGCCGCCACCCUGGAGGACGACCCCAGCCAUGACCCACUGCAGAUGUGGGGCUCCAGCCACCUCGUCAGGUUGGCAAAGCCCGGACUGGUCAGCCUGGUCAAUUACGUCAGGGCCAGCUACGGCCCUGGCAUCAACCUACACUGGGUUGGCUUCUGCUCCAGGCCCCUGCUGGACAAGGCAGAUAACGCCGCACCCGCAGCUGACGGAGAAGACCGCCUCAGGCAUUUCCUCAGGCACUCGCGGGAGGAAGGGCGCGUCAGAGCCGCGGGCAGCCUGGACCUGGACGCACGGACUCGGGAGGGGGCGUGCCGGCAGUUCCGCUAUGCGCACCAGGUGCAGUGGGCCAGCCGCCAGUCAGACGACAGCCGCACAGCCUGGAACGACUUCAGCCCGGCCCCCCCCCCAGUGGCGUCGCCAAGGCCCGACAGCCUGGCAGCGGCGCAGGCUGACCCGGCGCCGCUGCCGCCCUCCGCCUUCCCCAGCCCGAAGCGCAGCAAGGCUACCGAGCUGGAAGCCACGGGCAUCAUCCGCGCACCCAUGAGACAGAACAGGCUCGACCAAGACAUUGCCAACAUCAUGCCGGAGUUCGCCCGCAUGCUCCACUUCAUGAUCGAUGACGAGGUGUCGUGGGACUUUCUCGGCAUAAGGCGGGACGCGGAGCCUGGGAAGCACGGGCAAAGGGGAAUGUUCCACGAGUUGCCCUCGCUGUGGGCCACGUGGACGCAGCAGGUGGCGGAGCUCUCGCUGCAGGACGCCAACGAGUGGUUCUCCGUCCAGCGGCCGAAGGCCCUCAUGGACUCCAUAGACGUGGAGGCGGAGCCCGUGCGAGUGAGUCUUUUCAACUCGCAGGUGGCGGAGGCAUGGGACAAGGCGGAACGAUUCUACGGAGACCUGCUCCAGGACUUCUUCGUCCAGCCCGACAAGUCCGAGCUGCACAGGCGCGUGGCCCCCCGGUUCGAGGCGAAGAGGGAGGCCUACCACAGACGAGUCGAGGCGUGGACCAUGGACAAGGUGCAGGCCGCCAAGGACAGCCUCGUGGCGCUGCUGAAUUCCAGGGAGAUGCCGGAGAACCCUGACACUUUGGAGAAGCGGUCCCAGGUCGAGAUCGAGGCCUCUACCGAGAAAUUCGCCCUGGCCAUGGCAGAGUUCUCCGAGCUGGGCCGGCCGCCGAGGUCCCCGUUCCUCGCGGUGCAGAUGCCCAGAUCGGCCGUGGGGCUUUCAGACGCGUUGGCGAAAGAUCUCCGGCACAUCAAGAGCCUGCGCGAGCUCAACAAUACAAAGAAGAUUAUACAGGAGUUUAAGGUCGCGGUGGACGCCGCGAACAAGGCAAUACAGCAGGAGAUCGCAGCAAACAGCAACAAGUUGCUGGGCAAUGCCAAGCUGCAGGAGCUGCGGAGCCUUGCCGACAGUUGCUGGAGGGCGUUCGACGGAAGCCUGGAGCCCAGGCAAUGGAUGCGGGGCAUCGUGCAGUACAAGGCGUACAAGGCGAAGGUCCAGGCAGACCAGCUCGAGCGCCGCAUCCAAAAGUUUAUAGCGGACAACGACGCCCGGCUCAAGGAACACUUCGACAGGGCGGUGCAGCGAUGCACGGACCACUACAGGCAGCAGAAGGACAUGUUGGCCAUGCCCGUUGACGAGGAGACUUUAGACAAGAGUCACAAAGCCCUCGGCGACAAACUCCGAGACGUGCUUAACGCAGACGCCGCGGGCCUCUCUGAUACGAAGCACUUCGCAGGCGCGAUGCGCAAUCUCGAGCAAGAGCUGGAGGAAGGGCUCAUGCACGCGAGGCAAAAGAAUAUCAAACGCUGGAAGGUAGAUGCCGACGACGCCACUAGAUGCGCUCUCAGAGAAAAUCGGGCCGUCAUGGCAAAGUGUGGCCUGUUCUGUCUAUUCAACAAGAUGCCAAUGAAGCACAAGCUCACUUCGCAACGGCACCUUCUCAACUGCCUUAAACGAUCCAGCAUUAACAUGCCAAUAAAGUUGCAGCAUCAGGUCUUCGAGAAUUGGUACGCACAGGACCUCGGCGCAGAGGUUGCAGGAGUUUCAUUCAACUUUAAGAUGGGAUUGGGGGCGAUUGGACUGCUGGUGUUGUGCUGCGUCGCGCGGUGGAACAAUUGGGGCUGGGGCAAACCAAGCCCCCCGCCUAUGGGGGUCUGGGGCUGCGGUCCGGGGGGAAUUCCCCCCGGAAGCGGUUACUACCAGCAGACGUUUCCUCAAGCGGGCUACUACCAGCAGACGUUCCGAUAG